AGAGAGAGAGAGAGAGAGAGAUAGAGAGCGCACGGGGCCAGCGGACAUCCCUCCCUCGCGCCUCGACGCCUACUGGCUGAUCACCACGCGAUAGAGUGCGUGAGGAUGAGAUGUGGACAGCGCAAGACCGGAGCGACAGUAAUAACAGGAAACUCGGUGGCGCUCCCGGUGACAAGCGGGCACCAGUCAUUCAGCGGACACCUCGGCAAGAAACAAAUAUUAUCAGCCAGGAAAUUGAGACGUUUUCAAACUGACGAAUUUAUCCUGAAUCCACAUCAGAAAGGAAGACGGGCUAUGGAUUCCCCUUCAGAUCGAUUUCAUCAGCAGCCAGCCCAGAUGUGCCCUUUUGAACUGUAUCGCAGUCUGCCAGAUUCCAACCCCAUGAGCCAUCAUUUUUCGCCUGGCAGCCUGUCCUCCCACCCCCUCUUCUCCCCUCUCAUGCACCCCAACAGUGCCUCCCAGAGGUGGGGUAAUUUCCGCCAGCGUCAGGGCUUGUUUCCUGGGCUGCUAGUAGAUGGCGAUCUAAGCGAGGAGGAUGUGUUUGGGAAGAGGGACUUUGUGGUUGGGGGUACCCCAUCAUCACAGCACUGUCCUGGAGACAAGGGACAAGAUUCUGCACCUGAACUCGGAGACUGGAGCCAGGAUUUUGCAAGAGUAAAGAGACUGAGAAUGGACUCAGCAGAUAGGAGUGAAGAAGAGAUGGGUGAGGAAGGCAAGAGGGGUAGGAAGAGUAGAGCCUCAGGUAGAAUGGAGGUGAGGAAAGGAGGGGAACAGGGAAACAGGAGGGAAGGCAGGAAGCGACAGCGGCAAGAACUGAAGCUUCAGCUAGAGGAGACCAGAGGGAAACUUCUAGAGCUUCAACGCAAGGUAUGGAGAGUGUAUGGAGGGGAGAUCGAUAAUGAGAAAGGACGAGAGGAAGAACAAGUGAAUGGAGCAAUAAAUCUCGAUGAGGUUGCAGAGAUGUUUUCCGAUGGGGAUGAUCCUCUCAUCAGUGGUGGAUUUUCUCCCCCACGCUGUUCGUCUAAGAAAAACAAUGAAAGCAGUCAGAAUGGGAAUGCAGGAAUAUUCCCGGAGACAUCCAUGGACCUGGACCUGGAGUUAAAUGGUGAUCAGGUGUGGCUGGGUUGCAGUCUGAUCAGGGGUGAGUGGGAAAGCGUAGAAGGAGGGCAGAAGUUUGCUCAAGCUCUGAAGCAGGAGCUGGCAAGUGUUGUGGCUCAAGUGAUUGACAGGGUUGUUCAGCUCUAUUCUGAAACAGAUCCCUCCUCGGUCACAUCUACCACUAUGGCCCAAGGAACCAGUAUGGCACUGGAUCUAAACUCGAACAGGAGGCAGAGACCUGACAGAGUUGCUCACGUGGUAGAGCAGGUGGAGGCUUUACCACUCGUCACUAAGAGUCCUCAAGAAAAGAGGACCCCUAUUGCUCAGAGUGGGCACAAGGACCUCCUCAUCCCUCAAGCCAAUCCCAGCCUCGCUCCUUUACCCCAGCCCCCUCUCCCAGCACUUUUACCCCAAAGGAGCAAAGACCACUUCCUACCCUCCUAUCCCACAGAUAACCCUGUGCCCUUACCCCUUCUCCACUACACCAUGCAGAAUCUCUUUGCCCGCUCCCUCUCUAGUUUGCCUCUUCAUAAGGACUGCAUGUCCGAACCUUUCAUGGAGUUCCGUUCACACAACUCAGCGUUCCCACACCUCCCUCUACUAGGCCAGUUAGACCCCUCUCAGUCAGAUAGAGCGAGGGAAGGAGGAAUGAGGGGAGGGGGAGCAGGAUUGAUGGAUGGAGGAGAUGCAGCACUAUAUCUUGCCGCUGGGUCAUCUCAGGAAGGUCUUUCUCCAUCCCACCUGAAGAAAGCCAAACUCAUGUUCUUUUACGCACGCUAUCCCAGCUCCAGCACACUCAAGACAUACUUCCCUGAUGUCAAGUUCAACCGUUGUGUCACUUCACAGCUGAUUAAGUGGUUCAGUAACUUCCGGGAGUUCUUCUAUAUCCAGAUGGAACGCUUUGCUCGCCAGGCAGCCAGAGAGGGGCUUGCAUCUGCCAGAGAAAGAUCACUGCGCCUGGGCAGGGACUCUGAGCUUUAUCGCAUCCUUAACAUGCACUACAAUAAGAGCAAUGAUUACCAGGUUCCAGAGAGGUUUGUGGAGGUAUCUGAGGUAGCCCUGAGGGAGUUUUUCACCGCCAUACAGAGCGGUCGAGAUACUGAUCCCUGCUGGAAGAAGGCCAUCUAUAAGAUCAUCUGUAAAUUAGACAGCCCGGUGCCUGACAGCUUCCGCCUGCCCGGCUGUCCCACGGACACUUACCGGAUGGGCUGAAUAGAGUUCACAUGCACAUACAGUCUCAUAAAAAAAAUAAUGAAAAAAAAUAAUAUGUGCAUGGAUGGAUAUCACAAGCAUGCACAGUUCAAUAUGAACAGUGAACAAUUUUAAUGGGCAAGAAAGAAGAUCCAAGAAAAAAAAAAGUGUGCAAUUGCACUGUAAAGAAUGAGGACACUGAAUGUGUAGUUUAUUAUUAUAAUGAUGCUCGAAAGUAUUUCUUGUUUAAACAAUCUAAUUGAUAACAUACAUUCUACUUUAGUGCAGCAUUAUUCCAGUUAGCAGCACUGAGGAAUGCUCUGAUUAUGUGAAAAAAGAAAAAUCCCAUUUUACUUGAUGUUACAUUAUUGAUCAUUAAUUUAUCUUAAAACGCAAUGCUGUCUGGCUUUUGUUGACCUUUUUUAUAUUACUUGUUAUAUAACAUUGCUAAGUUUCUGUGGACCUGUGAUGUUGAAACGUGUAUUAAAAUUAGUGAAACGUU